CAUUUUCCUUCCUAUAUUCGAUCUAAUUUCAAAAUGACAAAAGAUACACUGAAAUGGUUAAUGGUGAUUGCUGUUUUGGUGGUUUCAAUAUCACAAUCUUGUGUUCAUGGAGCGCCACGAGUACCUUGCUUCUUCAUUUUCGGUGAUUCAUUGGCUGAUAACGGCAAUAACAACCUCCUCACGACUUUGGCCAAAGUGAACUACGCGCCGUACGGAAUUGAUUAUCCUGGUGGAGUACAAACAGGAAGAUUUUCCAAUGGCAAAACUACUGUUGAUAUACUGGCUGAAUUUCUGGGUUUUGAGGCUCCCAUCCCACCAUUUGCAACUACCAAAGGACAGGACAUUGUUAAAGGUCUCAAUUAUGCAUCUGGCGCCGCAGGGAUUCGAGCAGAAACUGGCUCUAAUAUGGGUGGUCACAUCAGCUUAGAUCAGCAGUUACUGAAUCACCAAAUCACAAUCUUACGCAUUGCUUCCAUACUUCGAACAAAUACACUACAAACCUUGCAGUACUUGAACAAGUGCCUAUAUUCAGUCGGAAUGGGUAGCAAUGAUUACUUUAACAAUUACUUCAUGCCUCAGUUUUAUCCCACUAGCAAGAGAUACACCCCUGAACAAUAUGCUUUAGUUCUUAUUGACCAAUAUACUAGCCAAAUACUGACUUUGUACAACAAGUAUGGAGCAAGGAAGGUUGCCUUGGUUGGACUGGGACUAAUAGGUUGCACUCCUAACGCGAUUUCGAAAACGAAGGGGACCGCAUGUGUAGAUGAAUGGAACAGUGCGGCCCAGCUUUUCAACCAAAAGCUUGUACCUCUUGUUGAUCAGCUCAACACCAAUUUGACUGAUGCAAAAUUCAUCUAUGUCAACAGUACUGGAAUGAGUUCAGGGGAUCCUACAUCUGUUGGAUUCAAGGUUUUGAACGUUGGGUGUUGUCCGGUGAAUAAUGUUGGACAAUGUAUUCGUUCCGGAACUCCAUGCCGGAAUAGGAGUGAGUAUGUGUUCUGGGACUCAUUCCACCCUACUGAGGCAUCGAACCAAAUCACUGCAUUCAGAACAUACAAAAGUGUUGACCCAACGGAUAAUUAUCCUAUGGAUGUCAGUCACCUAGUUCAGCUUAAACCAUAA